CUCCGUAUACUCCGCCGUAUUUAUUGAUGAUCUGUCUUGAACGGGCCAGAUUGUGGUGUUUCUAUUUUCCACCACUUUGUCUCGCCCAGUGCAAAGGGAAUGGAAUGGGACUAUAGUUGAGCUCUUCAUUCAUAAUGGCCAACCCAAAAUCGAGCUCCCUCUCCCGUCGAGAGACGUGGAGUCUCAUCAUUCUUGCAGGCGCCUGUCUUGGCGUGCUGGCUAAUACUUUCGAGGGGGAGGGCGCACCGUUGGUGGCUUCUCUUGCAUUCAGCGGAAUUGCAUUUGCUGUCACCUUUAGCAUGAUAAGAUGGCUUGGACCUGUUUUCAUCAAAGCAGGCUUAAGCGGGAAGGAUAUGGCCAAACCAAAUCGGCCUGUCAUACCGGAAACUAUGGGCGCCGUCUGUGCGGUUGUAUACCUUCUCGUACUCAUCUUCUUCAUUCCCUUUGCGUUCUACAAGGACAUCGUGGCCGCCACUUCUGGCGGUGGUAAUCGCGAUGUUGUUAUUGAAGUGCAUCAUGUAGAGACAGGUCGGACACUGCACAGGUUUCCCCAUGAAAGGCUUGCUUCAUAUCUCUCCGGUCUUUUAUCGCUUCAGUGCAUUGUCAUCCUUGGGAUUGGAGACGACCUGCUCGACAUUCGGUGGAGGCACAAAGUGCUGAUUCCUGCCUUUGGAUCAAUUCCCAUGCUUAUGAUCUACUUUGUAGACUUUGGCGUCACGCAUGUUGUUGUCCCAGUGCCCCUGCAGCCCUACCUUGGUACCUUUCUCGAUCUUGGCUUCUUGUACUACGUCUACAUGGCUGCGGUGGCUAUAUUCUGCCCCAACUCAAUCAAUAUGCUGGCGGGCAUCAACGGAGUUGAAGUGGCUCAGUCGCUCGUGAUUGCUGUCUUGCUGAUGGCUAACGAUGCACUAUACCUGAUCACCCCCUUCCGCCACCCUGCCACCGACUCGCAUCUUUUCUCGCUAUACUUUUUGCUACCCUUUGUUGGAGUCUCGCUCGCCCUUCUCUCCCAGAAUUGGUAUCCAUCGAAAGUGUUUGUCGGGGACACCUACUGCUACUUUGCCGGCAUGGUUUUCGUUGUCGUUGGAAUCCUCGGACAUUUCAGCAAGACCAUGAUGCUCUUGUUUAUUCCGCAGAUCUUCAACUUUCUCUACUCGACUCCCCAGGUCUUCAAACUGAUUCCUUGUCCUCGACACAGACUCCCCAAAUUUAGUGUGGAGACCGGACUUUUGGACGCCUCAGUGACUGAAUGGACAGUGCCUCCCUCGCCGUUGAUCGCGACCGCUCUGGAACUCUUGCACUGGCUUCGCCUCGCGCGUAUCCAGAAAAACGAGCAGGGCGAGAUCGUCGAGUCAAGUAACUUGACUAUUCUCAACCUGUGGCUAAUCUGGAUGGGCCCGAUGAGAGAGGAUCGACUAGCAUUGAGUAUGGUCGGCGUCCAAAUCGUAUGUGGGUUUUUUGGUCUUUUUGUGAGACAUUGCCUGGCAUUGUUGGUAUUUACCACGGACAACAGAGCGCUCGGGAUGAUGAUCUUAUAGACAUAGAGUGAUCCAACCUUUGAUGUACUAUAUCCUGUUCUAGUAUUCUCAAGCGAAUAGCCAUAGCUUUACAAGCGGAAAUCAGCCUAUAAGCACUCUAUCGCCCCUUAGAUCUACACGGAAACACGGUUUCCGAUUUGUGAUCCUCGAUUGAUGCAGGGUGCUGACCACCCGCCGCAAUCUCCAUACUUUCGGGGAUCGGUGCCGCCGCUAACUCCGCGCUUGGCUUGGGCUGACCAUACAAAGUCAGCAUGUCCGGG